AUGGCUUCAUUCCACUUCGACGUGAUGCAUGACUCAAGAUCUAUUUUCCAUAUCAAGAUCGUACUUUUGGACGUCGGGAACUCUUCCGCACGCGGCCAAACUUCCGAAGCUUUGUUCUGCUCGCUAGCGAGAACUAACACUUGGAGACAAAAUGAUGUUCUUGACUUGGAGACUUGCAUGGAAUUUCCUAAACUCACAUCUUUGGUAUCCCGUCUUAACGAGUGCUAUCUCAGAUCUAACAACUGGCGCCCACGUGGGGCUGGAAACGCUUCUCGCUAUUCAUCUUGUAGGUAUCUAGACUUUUACGAAGAUACAACCAUGGUGAACUCGAAAGAGAACACCCCUACCGGGAGUCCAUCCCGAACAGAAAGAAACCCAAGCAAUGAUCCGCCGCCGCCGACGGUAGAUAAGUCGCUGCACGCUGAAGACAGGGACAAAUCUGUCCCCUCAAGAAGUGGAUCGACUUCGCCGCGAAGAUCUUUUUCGCCGCGAAGAUCUACUUCGCCGCGACGAUCUGCAUCGCCAAGGAUAUGA